AUGGGAACUAAGACACUCGAUGUGACUGCAGGGUCUACAAUCUCCUUCGAAGGCUACGGGUCCAUCAUCCACCAGGGUCCCCUUCAGUUCUACAUGGCAAAAGCACCCACGGGUACGAAAGUUGAAGACUUCGAUGGCAAGGGCAAGACUUGGAUCAAAAUUUCGAGCGACGAGCCAACCCUCACCGGCGAUCGUUUGACUUGGCCGAACUUUGUGACCAUUCCGGAAUGCAUCGAAGAUGGAGAGUACCUUCUCCGCCUCGAGCACCUUGGUAUCCACUCUGCGAGCACAACAGGCGGUGCACAGUUCUAUAUAUCCUGUGCCCAGAUCAGAGUAACUGGUGGCACGGCGACUUUUCAGCCAGAGGCAGAGGACAUGCUAGCAUUUCCAGGGUCAUACGAUUCAGAGGACCCGGGGAUCAAGGUGUUCAUAUGGUAUCCCGUGCCCACGAACUAUACAGCACCGGGGGGUCCGGUGAUGAUAUGCCCCGAGAUUUUCCUGAACUAUCUCAAGAGCCAGGCUACUGCCAAGGAGCAUAGUAAAUGCCUAGGCAUGCGUAGAAAAAGUUCAGACAACGCAUUCCCGAUGUCUCUCUAUGGCCCUGAACAAUAG